AUGGACACCACUCCCCUAACAAAAUCCUUUGCGACCCUCUCUACGAUCUUCGCUAACAUCGACGCCCCACCGCCAUGGCCAUCGGAGCGCGCCCGUUUUCAAAACUGGGGCACUAGCGCCGGCCUAACUACAUUCCCAAACUCUCUGUUCUCAAAUGAAGUGCAUAAAGAAGUAUUAGUCGCAUUGUAUAGGCUCGAAGAAUCAUUUGCGGAUGAAAGCCAAGUCGCCAUAAGAUGCGGAUUAAUGCGCAAAAAGAGUAGUGUUGGAGGGGCGUUCAAAAAAGGGUUCAAGAAGUUAACGGGGAAGGGUUCCGGGCAUUUGCCGUCCACGGCUGGGAACUUUGAUCCCACCCAGGAAUGGGUGGUACAGUUUCCAGAAAUAUGGAUGGCGAAGUUGGCAGAUGUGACGAAAGAGAUUAGUUUACUGAGUAAAUUGAUUCCAGUUGAUGGGGUAGGCGCGAUAACUCAAGGAAAGGGCGGGAUGACGACUUCAAACCAGCAGGCAUCGGUAGUCCCACCUGCUCCCGUCACUACAUUUGCGGAACCGUCCGAAGCUGAGCAGGAGCGAAUCUAUAAUGAACUCGAAAAGCUAGAAGAGUUUAUUAAGCCCAAAGAUCAAGGCGUACUAAAUAUCAUGCUUUCUCCGUCGACAAAUUAUUCUCCUCGAGUCCGAGCUAGUGUCUACUACGAUGAGAAUGACCCUAUGUCCCAGAUAUGGCACGACGAGGUCAUGGGUUACGUCAAGUUAGGGCACGGAAGUUUUGAGCUCUACCACCGGCGCAAAUAUAUGAAGCCCUCCACCUCAAAGUACAGCACCGAUACCGACGAAGACGGCAUCCUUUUCGAUGUUGAAAGUAACCCAAAGUACGAACAUGUUUACCCAGGAACCUGCACAAUCGAAGGUUUUGGGAUGGAAGCUUGGGACUAUGAACUUGCUUUUGGUAGACCGAGGGAUAAUACCGUCUUUGUGUCAUAUGCUACUUUGCCGGAUGUAUCAGCUAAACAACUGAUCCGAAGAAUCGGUGAAUUGCAAAAUGCAAUUGGUAGUAAGUUCGGUUGGACGCCAAAGAAGGAUAAGCAUGAUCUUGAAGAAUUCUACGGAAAUAUGGGAACAACCUAUAUAGCAAACGUCCCCGACAAUUCUCCACUUCGGAUUGGCGACUUCUAUCAACAAUUAAACCGCCGCGACAUUUUCACCGACUUCACUUCGAUAUCCAGCAUAGCAACCCAAUGGUCCCAACCCCGCGCCGAAGGUAUAAUGGGAGUUUGGAAUUUCCUCUACCAGCUGAUUCUCGCUAGGGAGCUCCAUCUUCGUCUCAUAUCAAUUGCGGAUGGAUCUUAUUCUGGAUUCACCGCUCGAGUACUCGCAUCACUGACCGUUGCGGAUCUAUGGCUAUCUCAUGUCAAGAUGGAGCUUUCAGAGCCCCCAAUACCUGCCGAAGUUUUGCAUAAAGCCAUGACUCCCGAAGAAACUGCAAAAAUGGAGGAGAAAAUUGAAAAUGGACAUAAAGCUGCCAAACUGGGCGAAUGGCAGAUGGCUGUGGAUGAUUUUACCGAAGCUAUGGCAAUCGAUAAUUCAAUUGCAAUGAAUAGCACUUUUCGCGCCCUAGCGUAUAUGGCCCUAGGCAAACCGGCCUUUGCACACGACGAUGCCACCGCGGCCACAAGAUUGAACCCUGAAGAUAAACUCGGAUGGUCAGCGCUGGGCGACGCAAAUGUCGGUCUUGGAAACUUGACACGGGCGAAGGAAGCAUAUCAAACAGCCUUCAACCUCUCAGGGGGAAAGGAUGAUCAAAUAAAGGAGAAACUUGACGAUGUUGCCGCAAAAUUGAACGCCCGUAUCGAAUUAAUAAACAAACAAACUGACACAUCCCUCGCAAUUACCCUCGAAAAACAACAUAAUGACGAGAAAUACGAUAUCAACGGUCGUUCCGUAGAGUUCCAUUCCAAAAUCCACGAAAGGCAAGUAGAAGGCCUUAUUAUGUUCGCCGAAAGGAUGAAGUGGCCUUGGGUCCACGAAGUCCGUGAGGCAGCCGAGGAUGUUUACUCCAAGAUCAGGGGCGGAGCUGUAACCCCAUUUCAUAUUGUAGAUUGGGUAUUUGGGUUGACUUUGCCGGGAGAGUGGAUGUCAUUGAAGAUUAUGAGUUCUAUGGUGCUUUUGACGGAGAGUGUGAAAAAUCAGGGAGUUGCAGCAUUCUACGAUUGUGGAUUUGUAACUCCACAGAAGAGUUACCAUAGAAUUAGAAAUGUGCUAGGAAGGGUUCUGGGGUGCCUACCAGGUGUGACUUCACUGUGUGGAUGGAUUGGACCUUGUCCGCCAGUGACUUUUGACCCGCCAUUGGCGAAGCCCUUUGGGGACGAGAAAAAAGGCAUGCAUAUCAGGGUUAAGGCAAGGAGGGUGGGGUUAGUGGAUCCUCCAGAUCCGCUUGAUAAUGUUAUUCGAAUUACCGGCGGAGGAUCACAUAUGGAACUCAGACCAAAGGCUGAGGAUAUCAAGAAUCUCGAUCAGUUUGUGGCGGAAAUUAGAGAUCCAGCUAAUUGGGUCCUACCAGCGGUGCCGAAGACGAGCUAUUCCAUAUCCAAGUUGCAAGGGAUACUCUUAAAGGCACUACCACUUGAAGCUGGAGUCAACACAAGCAAUCUAGAUACCGUUGAAAGAAAUACGGAGUACCGAGCAAGUAUCAGCUUCAUUAUCGAUGGGCAAGAGGUUUCAUAUUCCCUAUUCACCAAUCCAGUUUUUGUCACCCCGCCGUCAUGUACGCCGGAAACAAGAGGUGCUCACGAAAUCCAUAAGAGAGAAUUGAAGAACUUCAGUAACAUUGUGGAUGCUGAAAAAUUGAAGGAUUACACGCCGGGAGAUGAAGAGAUGGUGGUUAUCAACGCUACGGGGGAGGGAGCUGAAGUCGUAGCAAGGGCAUGGUGCGCUGAAAGGGGAAAGGCAGCGGUUAUUCGAAGGAGAGCGGGACCAUGCCUCACCUGUACAGUUAACUGUGCACGAGAGCUCAAACAAAAGGUUGUUAUUUGGGUUCAAAGCUGA